GGGGGCCGCGGUUCGCACGGGGCUGGAGCGCGGCGGCGGGCGCGGGGCGCGGAGCGGCGCGGAGCCCGGGCGGCAGCAGCAGCAGCGCGCCGGGACAGCGAGCAGCGAGGUUUCCUGGCUGGUUUCCACGCGCCUGGGAGGUUUUUUUUUUUCAUUUUUGAGUUUUGUCUUUUUUCGCCUCGUUUUUGGGCGCCCGCCGAGGGGGGUGCGCGGCCCCGCGUGCAGCUCCGCUCCGCUCCGCCGCCUCCCCGCGCCUCUGCUGCCCGCGUCCCCGUCUCGCCCCUUCCCCUCCCCGCCUCGCCCCCCCCUCCGCCCCCAAUGCUCAACAUGACCGAGGAGCACGACAAAGCGCUGGAGCCGCCGUGCAGCCCCGCGGGCACCACCAGCUCCAUGUCGCACGUGGACUCGGACUCGGACUCGCCGCUGUCCCCCGCCGGCUCCGAGGGCCUGGGCUGCGCCCCCGCGGCGCCCGCGCAGCGCCCGCCCGGCCCCGCGCCGCUGGGCGCCAAGGUGGACGCGGCCGAGGUGGACGAGCGCUUCCCCGCCUGCAUCCGCGACGCCGUCUCGCAGGUGCUGAAGGGCUACGACUGGAGCCUGGUGCCCAUGCCCGUGCGCGGCAACGGCUCGCUCAAGGCCAAGCCGCACGUCAAGCGGCCCAUGAACGCCUUCAUGGUGUGGGCGCAGGCCGCCCGCAGGAAGCUGGCCGACCAGUACCCGCAUCUGCACAACGCCGAGCUCAGCAAGACCCUGGGCAAGCUGUGGCGUUUGUUAAGCGAAAACGAGAAACGUCCCUUUGUGGAAGAAGCGGAGCGGCUCAGGGUCCAGCACAAAAAGGAUCACCCGGAUUAUAAAUACCAGCCGCGGCGGCGGAAAAGCGUGAAAGCCGGGCAGAGCGACUCCGACUCGGGCGCCGAGCUCGGCCACCACGCGGGCUCCCAGCUCUACAAGGCGGACGGCGGCCUGGGGGCCAUGGCGGACUCCCACCACCACGGCGAGCACGCAGGCCAGACCCACGGGCCGCCCACGCCGCCCACCACCCCCAAGACCGACCUGCACCACGGCAGCAAGCAGGAGCUGAAGCACGAGGGCCGCCGCCUCGUGGAGAGCGGCCGCCAGAACAUCGACUUCAGCAACGUGGACAUCUCGGAGCUCAGCAGCGAGGUCAUCAACAACAUGGAGACCUUCGACGUGCACGAGUUCGACCAGUACCUGCCGCUCAACGGCCACGCCGCCAUGCCGGCCGACCACGGGGCCGCGGCGGCCGGCGGCUCCUACGGCGGCUCCUACUCGCACUCGGCGCCGGGUGGCGGUGGCGGCGGGGCCGCCCCGGGCUGGACUCACAAGAGCUCGGCCUCGGCCUCGCCGUCGCCCGCCGACUCGGGCCAGCAGCGGCCGCACAUCAAGACGGAGCAGCUCAGCCCCAGCCACUACAGCGACCAGUCGCACGGCUCGCCCGCGCACUCCGACUACGGCUCCUACAGCGCCCAGGCCUGCGCCACCACCGCCAGCCCCGCCACGGCCGCCGCCUCCUUCUCCAGCUCCCAGUGCGACUACACGGACCUCCAGAGCUCCAACUACUACAACCCCUACCCCGGCUACGCCUCCAGCAUCUACCAGUACCCCUACUUCCACUCGUCGCGGCGCCCCUACGCGACGCCCAUCCUCAACGGCUUGUCCAUCCCGCCGGCCCACAGCCCCACCGCCAACUGGGACCAGCCGGUCUACACGACCCUGACGAGGCCUUAAAGGACGCGUUGGGCUCCCCGAGGUCUUCCCCGAAAUAUGCACUAAUGAAGGAAUGAAGGAGGAGGUGGAGGGCCGCGUUCGUUUCCGAAGUGCCUCCUGAGCCACUGGGACCUCUGCUCGCUGCGACUGGACGUCCCCUCGCUUGGAGAGUCUCCAAAAGGACAGAGCUCUAUUUUUCUUUAAUUAAUAAAAUUUAAAAAAAUUUAAAAAGCAAGGACCGGUAAUUCCUUUUGAAUAAAUGAAGGACAAAACCAUUCAACUCCUCUGUGAGGACUGAACUGAACUUAUUCGUCUUGAAAGUUGACAAGUGCAAAAAUGGAGGGGGGGAAGAAAAAAGCCGUACAAGACUUUAAGGGUCUGUUGCAAUGUGAGAGACGGACCAACCUUGAGGGCAAGAACUCACUAGGACCAACUCGGAGGAGAAAGGAAAAUCCAGCUAUUCCGUGUAACAAUCUUGUGGGAACAAACGAGUCUGUUGGGACCAACCAAUUAAAUGUCUGAAGUGUUUGUUUUUUUUAGUCAAGAGUUCUUCUAAGCAAGGUUUGGCUGUAAUUAACAUUUUUGUUUUUGGAAGCUUAAAGUGUUUUUUUAAAUCUGUUAAAUAUGUAUUUAUGUUCGGUAUUAUUUUGUCUCUUAAUUAAUGAAGUAAUUUUGUGCAAAAAGUAGAAUUUUAAAAGAUUUUAAAGGUGGGGUGGGGCGGGAGCAUAAAAAUAGUGGAGAUGAUACAAUAAAACGGUGUUAUGAGUCUAUAGAUUUUCUUUGGUUUGGGGUUUUUUUGUUUUGAAGCGCUGCAGCAGUUGUGUUAGAGAGGGCCUGGAGGAAUCGGCAUCACGCGGAGCCGGGCAAGGAAAUAAAACGGGCAUGCAAAAUAACGGGGGCACGCAGGGCGAAGGGCUUGCUGCAAAAGCUACUAAUUAAAUUCGGAGGCUAAAAUGAUUGCAAAAAGGAGCAGGCAGUGAGGUAUUUUUCGGGCUACCUGCUUUUAGAGGUUAAAAUUGGGUUUAAGGCAUUGCAGAAUCCUUGUACACUUCCAGAACCAGGACUACUUUAGAGAAAGAUGUAAUUUAAUGAGAAACUAUCAACUUCUGCUUUAAUUUUGGCUUCUAGGGACCAGAUAUCAUCCAUCAAGCUGUGAAACUAAAAUCUUCUCCACUAAAAAAAAUGUUUAGGUACUUAGUUUUAGACUAAUAUUUCAUUGAUAUAUUUCUACUUCUUCCAUUGUAUGCUGAGCAUAUAAUAACCAUCUAUUUUAUGGUAACUUGUGCCUUUAAAAACUUUGUAAAUCUAAAAACACAUUUCAGAGGUUAUCAUCUUUUUACCUUUUCUAUGUUUCCUACUUUUUCUAAAAAUAUUUUUUGCAUAUUUCCUUUUGGGGACGUGGGGGUGGGGGAAGAUACAGAAAACUCAUUUUUUAUGCAAUCUAUUUUUCUGUAUAAAGUUUGAGAGACUUUGGCUGUUACUUAUCUGUUCUCUUCACUAGCUUCUGACUAAGCAAUGCUAACUUUUGUACAGAUCAAUUUGAUAAAAUUAAAAAUUGCUUUUUAUCAA